UCCUUAUAGGCUUUUACAGCCCCCACGAAAUUCUCUCUACGGAUAUGGAAGACGGGUUUUACCCGAUGAAGAUAAACCCUUAUCUUCUCCCUUCAAUUAGCCGGAGCUGACCAGGUGUGUUCUCCGAUCAUCAUCUUCUUUUUUUACUGCUCUAUUUUCCCCUAGAGCUUCGCUAUCCAUGUUCGCACAUUUCAUUCUUCCGCACAGACCUUACUUUUCUGUUAAAUCUGAAUUUUGGGGUAAGAAUUUGGAUUUUCGAAACAGAAAUGAUAGUUUGAGUGAUAAUUCAAGAAAAUAUCAUGUGUAUUUUCAACCGAUUAGAGCUGGUGUGAAAUGGAGGAAGGAGCUUCCGUUUGAUAAUGUAAUACAGAGGGAUAAGAAGCUGAAAUUGGUUACUCGGAUUAGGAAGAUUCUAGUUCAACAUCAUGAUAAUGUUAUGUCACUUAGGGGUUUGGGUAAAUUCAGGAGAGAUUUAGGUGUACAGGAAAAGACGAGGCUAAUUGAGUUGUUGAAGAUGUUCCCUGCAGUAUUUGAGAUUGUAGAAGAAGAAGCGUUUUCUUUGAAAUUUAAAUUGACGGAAGAGGCUGAAAGGUUGUACUUCGAGGAGAUGAAGAUCAGAAAUGAAAUGGAAGGUUUGUUGGUUACUAAGCUGAGGAAGUUACUGAUGAUGUCUGCUGAUAAGCGAAUAUUGUUGGAGAAAAUUGCACAUUUGAGGACUGAUUUUGGUCUUCCUUCCGAGUUUCGUGACACGAUUUGCCAUCGUUAUCCUCAAUACUUUAGAGUUGUGGCGACCGAGAGUGGUCCAGCUCUCGAAUUGACACACUGGGAUCCUGAACUUGCUGUUUCUGCAGCAGAGUUAGCCGAUGAGGAGAACCAAGCUAGAGAACUGGAAGAGAAGAAUUUGAUUAUUGACCGACCGUUGAAGUUUAAUCGAGUGAAGCUACCUAAGGGGCUUAAGCUUUCGAAGAAUGAGAUGAGGAAAAUGAAUGAGUUUAGGGACAUUCCUUAUAUCUCUCCGUAUUCUGAUUUCUCAGGGAUUACGGCAGGUACUCCCCAGAAAGAGAAACAUGCUUGUGGGGUUGUUCAUGAGAUUUUAAGCCUUACACUUGAGAAGAGAACUCUUGUUGAUCAUUUCACUCAUUUCCGGGAGGAGUUUAGAUUCUCCCAGCAGUUGAGGGGGAUGCUAAUAAGGCAUCCCAAUAUGUUUUAUGUCUCGUUGAAAGGGGAUAAAAACUCAGUUUUCCUCAGAGAAGCAUAUCGCGAUUCUCAGUUGAUCGACAAAGAUCGGUUGUUAAUCGUAAAGGAGAAGUUUCGAGGUCUUGUGGCUGUUCCUCAAUUAAAAGGCAGAGGAGCUCCCAAAAGUGACACGGAUUGGCGAGAAACCAAUCAUGGAGAUGAUAUGAGAGGUGAAGAAUGGUCUGAUGUCGACGAUGACGAUGAUGAAUUCGACAACGAUGGUGAGGAUGACUGGAUUGAUGAACAGAUCAAUAACUUGGACAUGGCUGAUCAGAGGCUUCUUUCUCCUCCUGCAUUACCCGAUGGACGGCCCCAAGAAAGAUGGUGAGAGAAUCUGGGUCCAAUUAUUCACUCAAUGGAAUCGGUUAUUGGAUAUUCUCCGGAUAAAAGUCAAAAUAUGGUUCUUAUGGGAGUUUAACAAAAGCAUGUGUCAAUUACAAAAAAUGUUUUUUUAUUAGUACCCUUUCUUCUUGACGAAACAAGGUCAGUACAAGCUCAUUCUCUCUUUUAAAUAAGGAAGUAUAUAAAUUAGAGUUGAAUGAGAUUUAAAUCACACCAUGUUGAUCAAACCAAUUUAAACCACGAACCAAACUGAUUUAAAUGUUGAACCGACCUACUACACUGUCAUCUGUGCGUGCUUAGGAUUUCCUUCUCUAAUGGCUUCGUGGUGGUGAUUUAGUGAUUCAGGUGCCAAAAUUGCUCAGUGAAGGAAAUAUAAUUGUAAAGCUACGAUGGUAGUGGUCAAGAUACGACGAUCAAGAUACGACGAUGAGCAUAAUGUAGGGUCAAUUUAGUAUCGGCUAAGUCGAGGCUUAGAGACUCUGAGAAAAAACAACCUGAAAACCAACAAUUGAGAGAGAUUCAAGAGAGAAAAUCACUCCUGAACGGUGUGGUUCCAAGCUUGAACGGUCAUGGAUCUUGGCGUGCGACCGAGGUUUUUGAGGAAUUAUAGCAUAAACAUAUGCUUGUUAAAUCUAGAUUUCUUAAACGUGCACUACAAAUUUUGUUUUCUUAAAUCCAUACUAAAAUUGUUGAAAUUUAAACUGU